CCCUGGAUCUGUGGGAUUGUUAGAUGGAAAGCGGUUCUAUCAUCACCCAAGUGCAGAGGGAAGAAGCCCUGGUGCUUGCAAAACAAGGGUUGGUGUCCAAGUCUUCUCCCAAGAAACCUCGUGGCCGGAACAUAUUCAAGGCGCUUUUCUGUUGCCUCCGCACACAGAAUGUCGGUCAGUCAGGCUGCGGUGGGGAGCAUGCACCACACAAGGAGGAACCCAGCACCAUCGCUAAGUCCGAUCUGCUGCAGUGUCUUCAGUACCAGUUCUACCAGAUUCCCGGGACGUGCCUGCUCCCCGAGGUGACUCAGCGGGACCAGGGCAGGAUCUGCGUGGUGAUCGACCUGGAUGAGACGUUGGUGCACAGCUCCUUUAAGCCAAUCAACAAUGCUGACUUCAUAGUGCCUGUGGAGAUAGAGGGGACCUUGCACCAGGUCUAUGUGCUCAAGAGACCUUUUGUGGACGAAUUCCUGAGGCGGAUGGGCGAGCUGUUUGAGUGUGUCCUCUUCACUGCCAGCCUCGCUAAGUACGCCGACCCGGUGACGGACCUUCUGGACAAGUGCGGGGUGUUCCGGGCGCGGCUCUUCCGGGAGUCCUGCGUCUUCCACCAGGGCUGCUACGUCAAGGACCUGAGCCGCCUGGGCCGGGACCUGCACAAGACGCUCAUCCUGGACAACUCGCCGGCCUCCUACAUCUUCCACCCGGAGAACGCGGUGCCCGUCCAGUCCUGGUUUGAUGACAUGGCGGACACAGAGCUGCUCAACCUCAUCCCCAUCUUCGAAGAGCUGAGCGAAGCUGAGGACGUUUAUACCAGCCUCGGCCAGCUGCGGGCGCCGUAGAGCCUCCAGUGCCCUGGCGGCCCAUUUCUGCAGGGGACUUUCACUCAGUGCCUUCGCUAGCAGCCGGGAGGAGGUGGUCGGGCAAGGAGUCGGCUCCCGGGCCCCAGAGGGCCAGAGCCCUCGCCUCUCGGACCGGGGCGCAGGAUGGGAUGUUGGAUUGCAAAGCGGGGAAAUCUCCGUAGCCCCGGUCACAGGUCUGAGCCCAUCUCCUGGUAGCCCUGGGGUCUCUGCACUGCGGGGUGCAGGGCUCCCCGCGCUCCGACUCGCAAACGGGGCUCUGCUUCCCGCCCCGCUCGCCUCCCUGACACACAGCGCCUGCGGAUUCCACGUGGGGGGGCCUGGCUGGGCGACUCCUGCCAUGGGGGGUGGGGAGGGUUGUGCAUCCCAAUGCCUGCCUUUUCCCCCCCGCGUGCUGCUCUGAGAGCAACUGCCUGAACCGACGGCCAGCCUCCCGGCAGGACGGCCCUCCAGCUCUCCAAAGGGCAAACGCCAGCUGUCCCCGGCCCCUGGAGGCAUCCCCGGCCCCUGGAGGCGUUCUGCAGGGCGGGGCAGCUGCUGCGGCACCUUUGCUGUGGCUUUCUCAGAAUCCUAGUCCCACUGCCGGUGCCUGGGGCUGGGCCAGAGCCCUGCCUUUGCCAUCCCCCCCUCCCAGUCUCAUCCUCCCAUGUGGAGCCCCUGAUCCCAUUCCCUGUAACCCUCUCCCCCAGGAGGCACCUACUGAGGCCUCCGGAGCUGGAGCCAGGCCUGUCUGGGGUCAGCAACCCACUCCCCAGUCGUCGUCCCCCCGGCACGGCCCAGGCCCAGGGACUCAUAUCCUGAGGGAGCCUCUCCAUCCUCCCUUGUCCCUUAGCCGGCUCCUUCCAGGAGCUGGGUCUCCAGCCCAACCAGAUUCCUCCUCCCUGGCCUGGAUCCCAGCCUGGGGCCAGCGUCGCUCUGAAGGAUGUUCCUGGAGCAGCCCCAGCUGGGCCCCGUGACUCCCAACAGCUGCCAUUGCCCGGUGGAGCCGAGAUCCUUGCCUCAUACCAAUUGCCGCUCGGCUCCAAAGGCGGGGGAGAUGCUGAGAGCGGCCGAGCCAGAGGCUGCCGUAACGGGUAACUUUAAACCAAAGCCACACUCCACCUCCCUAGCCGGUUUAGCCCAAAGCAGGGGCCGGCGGGGGCAACUUUGAGCUGCAGGGAGACGGUCACGUUGCACUCACACUCCUACAGUCCAAAGCAGCGCUCUCUAUCUAGGGGACCACGCCCACCCCCCUGCCUUAACUGCUGCCCUCCAUCUGGGACAUGGGGCCCACGGAAACAAGAUGCUUCCUCCACCACCAGCAGGCUGCUGGGGCGAAGCCUGGAACAUCCCCUCCGUGGGGUGCUGAAGGGGUCGGGAGCCACAUAUUCAGUGUGAGAAGCCCCCCCGCACUGAAGUCCCAGUGUGGUGACGUCUUCAGCUUCAACAGUUCCUGCAGGUGGUCUCAGGAAACGCUCACUGGAGCUGAGCCCCUUGGCGAUAGGAGACUUUGGCACCAGCCCCCCCCCUCCCUCCCAACUCUGCGUUGUGCUGACCCCGCUCUCUCGGCACAGCUUGACUUCCCCAUACCAGCCUGGCGAGACGGGGCCCUUCCUCUGACCUCCGGCUCUCUGAUCUCCCAGCAUUCCUCGUCGGUGCCACAACACAACCCCGCAAGGCCCGGAGGAAUCUGCCGGGAUGGAGUUUGUGGCAUGUCAUAUCCGUGGCCGCCCCGACAAGCGGUGGCUGCUCCGGGCACCUCUGCCACUCCAGCAUUGGCAACCGCCCCUCUCCAUCUCGGUGCCUUCCCGUCCCUGCUGCACCUUCCGCUUUGGUAUUUCCAAAGAGAACCAGCUCUUCGUCCAAGCCAAAUGUCGACCGGGUUGCAGGCAGCAUCCCCUCCCCGAGGGGGCUCUCGGGAGGGCUGGGCCGUGGCUGUCGCUCUGCCCGCGUGGCGUUGGGGCCUGGCGCACAUCCCUCCGGCAGCAGGACAGACUCUGCUGGGCUGUUACACCAUCAAGUGCCAUUAGGCCGCAGGCCAG